AUGCAAACAUUUGCUCCUCCUGGUCCUGAAAGAAGAGUCUUAUACCUCAAUCUCAUCAUCGUCGUCUUCGUAUCGCUCCUCUCUCUGAUCGUCAUGGCUGCAUCCACCGGUGAAUCAACAUCCGAAGCGAAGGUUCACAUCAUCUACACCGAGAAGCCUACCGAUGAGGAGCCUAAAGAUUAUCAUCUCCGUACCCUUUCCUCCGCUCUCGGCAGUGAGGAAGCUGCAAAGGAUGCUCUGAUUUACAGUUACAAGGAAGCUGCUUCUGGUUUUUCUGCUAAGCUCACUCCUGAGCAAGUCGAAGAGAUCUCCAAACAACCAGGUGUGAUUCAAGUUGUGCCGAGCCAGACCUAUCAGUUGCACCAACCUGUUGGUGGUGGUUUCAAGUUGACCUAA